AGAAUUCUGAACAAAUUAGUAAUGGUUAGGUGAAACAGCGUGAGGAAAUGCACAUGCAGUACCCCCAGGAGCCGUUAGGGGGCCAUAGCCUGGAUUUUUAGGCGGAGUUGCACCUCAUGAAACGACGGCGCAUGAUGACGUCACAUUGUUUGGUAACAAUUAACAAGCAUGUUACGUACAAUUUAACGUUGCCUGUUCAACGGCCACGGCAGUUUCGACCAUCGUUCUUUUCAACGGUAAUAAUCUGUACCAGAGUUGCAAUUGGAUUGAUUUAGAAUUACGCCCUUUUUCCUCUUAUCAUAAAAAAUGCCUGAGGGACCAGAACUCCACCUAGCCAGCGUCUAUGUGAACAAAAUGUGUAAAGGAGUGGUCUUCAGUGGACCGGUGACAAAAUCAGAGGUCAGUAAGAGUCCGGACGUGCCCUUCACCUGCGAGGCCUACCUCAUCACAGCUGUUUCCAGAGGGAAAGAAGUGAAGCUAACCCUCACACCAUUGAAGAGUGAUGGAAGUAAUCAGAGAGCUAAAAGAGCACAAACGGACCAACCCAUGGACAUCGUCUUCCGUUUCGGGAUGUCCGGUUAUUUCACCUUUACGACAGAGGAUGAGUUGCCCAAACAUGCACAUUUACGCUUUCAUUCCAAGGAGAAUCCCUCCAGGGUGCUGAGCUUUGUAGAUACACGGAGGUUUGGCAGCUGGGAGCCCAAUGGGACAUGGCAUUCUGAUAGAGGGCCCUGCAUCAUGUUUGAAUAUGAAAAAUUCAGAGACAAUGUGGUGACACGUCUCUCUGACCGAGCCUUUGAUAGACCCAUCUGUGAAGUUCUCCUCAAUCAGAAAUACUUCAACGGCAUCGGGAACUAUCUGAGGGCAGAGAUUUUGUUCAGGUUGAAAAUACCUCCCUUUGUGUCGGCUAGAACGGCGCUGGAGGGACAUGAGUCAGAAGAUCUUAAUGAAAAUGAAAAACCUGUAAAGACAGAGAUCACAGCCAGAAAGGCCUCCCACACAGUUAAAAAGAAAGCAAUGAAAGAGGAGACGGGGGAUCUGCUCCGACUGUGUCAUACGGUGCCUCUGGAGGUGGUGAACCUGGGUAGUGGUAAGGGUUAUGACCCCACAAAGCAAGACUACUCUGACUUUGAAGCCUGGCUUCAGUGUUAUUACGUGGAUGGAAUGAACUCCAUCAGGGACCACAACGGCAGAACCAUGUGGUUCACAGGAGAGCCAGGUCCCAUGGCCCCUAAAGAGUCAAAGUCACCCAAGGCUAAAAAGAGAGCAAAGACAGCGAGCGACAACGAUUACACUGAUGACAACAAAAAGAUGGCAAAAGGCAACACAAAGAAAACCCUGUCAGAAACAAAGCCCUCACAUCAUCAGGUAACUGGAUCCAACAGGAAGCAGCUGGAAAAGGACAAAGUAAAGAGUGGAAAUGGAUCACCUGCAGGUUCUCAGAGGCGGAGCCAGAGACUGACCAGGCAGAGAAACCUGACUAAAUAAGACUUUACUGUUGUUUUUUUAUUAUUAUUUUCUACAAAACGUUUGUGUAUGUAAUUUUAAAGGGAAGUAAAAACAUUUUUAACAAAUAUUUACAGACUACAGUAACGAGUUUCAACCACAGCAUCAGUUAGUGAUUCAUCAUUUGGGAGGGAUUCACUGUGACAUCAUGAAAAGAGAAGUGACAUCUUUUCAAGUAAGCCAUGGUUGUAAUGUUUGCUGUAAUUAUGUGUCACAAUAACACACCCACUCCCGGCAGAGUGGGCAGGGGACGGAUAUACCAACUUAGAUCGUGAGCCAAAUCAUUUAACUCCUAGGCUGCCUGGACCGUCUUAAACUACUGGUUGUAUAAUACUGUAUGUCGAAUGCUGGACCAUCGUUAACACUGGCAUUUAAGCCUAGCAUUGCUUUAAUCUCGAAACUACCAGAAAGUAUUAGUUGUAGGGAAGUGAGCAGUGCCCUGAAGACAGACUCCUCCCUUUUGUUCACUAAAACAAUUGCACGAAAAUAAACAGGGUUAUUACAGCUGAA